AUGGCGCUAUGUAUGUUUUCUCACGAUAGUGACUACGCCAUUUUAAUCCUUGUCAUUGGUUAUGCAGACUUGCUGGUCGUGUCCUACUGUUUUAUGGCUAUAAAGGUUUCGUUGAAGAAAUUCAUGGAAAGACAAGCUCGUUUUGUAGCCAGGAGAGGAGCAAUAGUUGAUCUACAAGAACGAGGGGUUACAUUAACAAAAACAGCAUCCCAUUCUUUCAUGCAAAGCCAGCGAAUGAUUAAGGUAACAGCCAUGGUCAGUGGUCUCUUCUAUUUCAGUUGGUUACCAUUGAUGGUAAGUCGCUAUUUUGGAAUCAAGAUUGUUGUUGUUCGACGUUCAUUACUACAUUUAAUCCCUUUAAUGACUUAAACAGUAUGUCAUGUUGCACAUUAUUAGAAUACAAAUGUUUCCAUUUAACAAACGAAACAAAGUUUCUUUAUUCAAUGCAGUAAGUAAGUAAAAACUUUAUUUUAUGAGGGAAACGUAUUGACCAUGAUAGUUAUGAUACGGCCCUCACAAUGUUACACAAUAUUGAUGGUCGGUCAAUAUUUUGAAAUGUCUGGCCAUGUGAGCGUAGUUUAAAAGACGUUUUUUCAGAGUUUGAUGACGUGAGAUAAAAAUAAUUUAUAAAGUAUUAAACUGGUUAUAGUUAGUUGUUUCCCCACAUACACAUGAUCCUGUAGUCAAAAACCUCUAUCAACGAAAUUUCAUUAACUGUAAAUAUAUCACAGCUGGUUUUCAUGCGUUAAUGAAUACCUCGGACACUUCAAGACAUAUUAUAGACAGACGCUAUGCUACUAAAAUAACAGUUAAUAUCAGAAAAGCAAACACUAACGUCAAUUAUGAUUAAAUUAUGCUUGUCCUAGGAAUUCAUUACUGCCUGCAGAUUGCAGAGGUAUUAUUGAUUCAGCAAACUGCCCUUGAUCUUCCACACUGCACUUACGUAUGAUUCACUUUAUAGGUCGCCAUAACUCGAGCCCAGGUCACUCGCGAACCUAGUGACCUACUCACUCUAAUAUCGUCGCUACAGCCUCUGGCCAGUCCCCUUGCAAACCCUCUCAUAUAUUUCUUUACCUGGGAAAGAUAUAAGAAGAGUUAUAUUAGAAUUUUGAAAAGAUUAAUCAGCUGUUUGGCAAACGAUGGCGCUAUAUUUAAUAAAGGUAUGUACUUUUUGUGGAAAACACCCACAGAUCUGGGUACAAGGUUGGAAAACGUCAGGUCUAUUUAUUUGUCUGGAGCAUGCCCAUUCGCUAUGCCCAGCCCUAACCUGCGAACGGGCAUGCUCUGGGCACAGAAUACUAUACAGAAGUACAUCUCCAUUGUUUUUUGCGUAAGCGCUAUUCGUCAUGAUUCGUCACUCAGCAAGUACCGUAAACAGAAGCAGUCACCCCCCUGGACGUGUGCCAUUUUGAAUAUUUCCAGGGGGUUACUGCUUCUGUUUACGGUACUUGCUGAGUGACGAAUCAUGACGAAUAGCGCUUACGCAAAAAACAAUGGAGAUGGACUUCUGUAUACAGUAGUAUUCUGAGCUCUGGGUACGAGAUUGAUUUGAUUCGUUAUCUUCAAAAGUAUUUUGACAAUUAUCUGUUUUGGUGGAGGAAAUUAAUUUCGUGUAAAUAUUUUAUCUUUUAGGUUCAAACUCGGCUAUUGUUCGUUCUUCUGCCGGUCAAUUAAAUGCAACAGAAAGCGAGGGUAAUAAAAGCGCCAAGAAGCAAACUCACAAAGCAGCCAAUAUUGUUGCUGAAACAUCUCCGGGGCAGUUCAAUAAUCGAUUAAUCAACGAUGAUGAUGAAGUACCGAUGGUGGGAGGCAAACAAAGUUUCUCGUACGACAGCUCGAUGUCUUCUCGACGUCCUACGAGUCAAUAUCCUGAAGCAAAACGUCGUUCUACCUUCAGUAUGCUUUCAGAAGGAAUCACUGUGGGAAAAGAAUUCCUUGCAGAGAAAAACAUGCAACGUGAAGGACACACAAGACACAAGGUAAUGAAUGAAAGCGCGAGCUCGACACUUCCUGCCAGAGAGCCUAUAUAGUUGCAACUGCUCCUGGUUAGAUCCAAAACAAAUAUGUAUAAAAUUCACACUCGACAUUUCCAUACGAGUAAUUUGAAUAUAACAAUAUGAAAUUGGUCGAAGACCCGUACUCAGGAAAUAAAAUAACAACAUAAAACGCUCACUGAGUUUCCAGCGAUAUACAUACCCUUUUCUAGAUAUAUACCUAAUAAUAACAAACGAACGAACGACUAUAUUCCUUCCACUCGUGAGCUCAUUUACCAUUGUCACAUAUAGUAAAUGACAUUUACUAUAUGUGACAAUCGUAAAUGAGCUCACGAGUGGAAGGAAUACAGUCGUUCGCCGUUCGUUUAUUAUUAUUAGGUAUAUAUCUAGAAAAGGGUAUGUAUAUCGCUGGAAACUCAGUGAGCGUUUUAUGUUGUUAAUUUGAAUAUAGAUAACUUAAAUAGAAUCAAAGAAUUAUUAUUUCUUUAACAGAUCGAAGAUGAAAUGAGAAACACUGAAGACGUCUCACACAAUGUGAUAGAUGAAUCUCAGUACAAAAAUUCGUUCAGUAUUGGGAAAUUGGAUAAAAAUUCUCGUAAAGUUAGCAAAUCUUGGUCAUCACAAAAAUCGUCGUCUAAAAACCACCAGAAGACGAUGGAGGAAUGUUUCAAGGUGAACUACGGUGAGAACAUGGUCGAUAAUGACGAAGUUUCUGUGAGUAGUCAAUUGGAACAUUAUGUGCCAGACAGCUCAGUUAGGAAAAACGAAAUCACCGAACGCCCGCAGAAUUUAGCCGAUAAAUGUGUCAUUACACAGCGUAUAAACCAAUAUCUUACUAAUGUCAUCAACGAGGGGGAGCUUCAAAAGUCCCAGAAAGGGCGCAAAACUUCUGGGAAACACCAGGAGUACACGAAGAAGCGAAACGGCUCAACUUCUCGGAAACUUUAUGAAUAUUCUACUAGCAAACAUCAACAUAGAAGAAAUUUUAGGCAAAAAAGACCUACACAGUUACAUUCCAGGAAGAGACGUAAAUGUUCUCGAAAAAAUUAUUGGGAAGAAUUUGAAGAUUUUCGGAGAAAGUUAGAUGAUGACGUUAGAAAAUGUAACAAAUCAGAUGAAAUACACAAAGAAACUGAGAACGAUCAUUUCCAUGAAACGUUUGACAGGCGUGACAUGUGUGAUAACGGUGAAACUUCACAUCCAUUUAUUCUCAGAAUUCUCCCCAAAUCCCACGAAUACAGUCGUCAUGGUAACAAAAGUCCAGAAAUUCCUCACCGAGGUUAUCUAAAUAAUUCUAAGAAAAGAAAUGAUGUCAGGAAACGCUUGGAACUGAACAGAGUUUCUAAAUCGAAAAAUACAGAAGCAUCUAUCUGGAGCUACUUGUAG